GGUGUACACAUGAAGCGCUCCUUUGUGUACCUAAACGCCCCUCGACUAUUUGACGUGUCCGGCUGUCGGCUGCUCUCCUCCCUGCCUCAGCAGCACGCUGCUAACCUGCUGCCAGUCCGUCUGAGCUCCACGUUGAGGACACACACUCUCCUCUGCCUCCUACACUUCACUGUGCCGUCAGACCAGCAGGAGGACUUAACAUCUACACUUUUACCUGACUCGCACCUGAGCAGCUCGCUCCGCACACGGACACGGCUCCGCGCGGAGGAAUGCGCGUUAACACCGACACCUGCGUCCGAAAAUACGCAAGCAACAGAUAACGUCGUGUCGGGAUGGACGGCUCCGGUGUUGCCUGUCCUUCGUCACACCUCGGGCCGUCUGCGGGGUCCGUUGUGCCCGAUGACAGCACUCCUGUCGGGAGAGCUCCGGCCCAGGCGCCCGUGAAGAAGCAAGCCGUGAAGAGACACCACCACAAACACAACCUGAAGCACAGGUACGAGUUCCUGGAGACCCUCGGGAAGGGAACCUACGGCAAGGUGAAGAAAGCCAAGGAGAGAUCCGGUAGACUGGUUGCCAUAAAGUCGAUUAGAAAGGAGAAGAUCAAGGAUGAGCAAGAUCUGGUUCACAUUCGCAGAGAAAUUGAGAUCAUGUCCACACUCUGCCACCCGCACAUCAUCACUAUAUAUGAAGUAUUCGAAAACAAGGACAAAAUUGUGAUUGUGAUGGAGUAUGCCAGCCGAGGGGACCUGUACGACUACAUCUGUGACAAGAGGAACAUCUCUGAACGGGAGGCCAGGCACUUCUUCAGACAAAUUGUAUCAGCCGUGCACUACUGCCAUCAGAAUGGAAUAGUACACCGGGACCUGAAACUGGAGAAUAUUUUACUAGACGGCAAUGGCAAUGUGAAGAUCGCAGACUUCGGCCUGUCGAACCUCUACCAACGUGGCGAGUAUCUUCAGACUUUUUGCGGAAGCCCUCUGUACGCUUCCCCUGAGAUCGUCAACGGUCGGCCAUACCGUGGGCCAGAGGUGGACACCUGGUCUCUUGGCGUGCUGUUAUACACUAUGGUUCAUGGUACCAUGCCAUUUGAUGGACACAACCACAAGACACUGGUCCAACAGAUCACCACUGGCAACUACCGAAAACCCACUAACCCCUCUGAUGCAUGCGGGCUCAUCCGUUGGAUGCUGAUGGUAAAUCCUGAGCGCAGAGCCACUAUAGAGGAGAUUGCGGUUCACUGGUGGCUCAACUGGGGCUACCAGCAGCCAUUACUGGCUGAGACAAAGAGCAGUGCAGUUGAGCAGACGGCUUCACCAGCCUCUCCAUCAACAGCACAACCUGCUGGGCUGGCUAGUGUUGCUAGCUGGCUGCGCCGCACCUCCCGGCCUCUACUGGAGAAUGGCUCCAAGAUGCGCUGCCUGCUCCGCUCACAGGGUGGUGGGGGGGAUGUAGUUCGGCAGCGCUCUCUACGGAGGUCAAGAAAGGAAAACAAUGUCUCCCAGACGGUGCAUGAAGUGAGCACGGAUAGUCGCCCCUCUAAAGGUAUAUUGAAGAGACGCAACAGUGCAAAGCAGAAGGCAACGAGUGAAUCCACUGCUGUAGCUUCAGUGGAGCCACUGAACAUUUUGGGUUUGUCUACACCAGCCAAUGCCCCUUCAGCCGCACUGCUGCCUCGUAAAGGUAUUCUAAAGAAGCCCGCAGAGCAAGAAUCAGGGUACUAUUCCUCCUCUCCUGAACACAGUGACUCUGGCUGGGUGCCACAAACUAAACAAGAGUGCCCUUCAGCACCAACCUAUAGGAAAGGCAUCUUGAAACGCAAUGGAAAGUUCUCCUCAGGCGGGUUUCAGGAGUUUGGUUCUCUGGACCAGCUGGCGGCCUCUUUACCCCGCACUAGGUCGAGACCAAGUGGGGCCAUCAGCGAGGACAGCAUUCUGUCUUCAGAAUCCUUCGACCAGCUCGAUCUACCAGACCGUGUUGGACCUCCAACACAAAUGGAUAAACCAGCCAAGGCCAACAUGAGAGGAUGCGUGUCUGCUGACAACCUGCUGGACAUCCAGGAGGACGGGAUGCUCGGGGACGGGUCGCUGAGGCCCUGGAACUGCUACAAGUCAGGAGUGGCCGACAGUGCCUUCUCCAUCACAGACUGUGAUAAUGUAACUGAGGCCUACAAACAGGCCAUGGUUAUAAGAGGCUCUGCAGCAAGUUGAGGACUCUGAAUAAAGACAUUCUUCUUCUCAUUCAGUUUUUAAAUGACCGUGAUCUACUGAAGACUUUAAAGCCAAAGUGCAUUGUGGGACAUGACCAGCAAACUGUGGUGAGGAUCAUGUUGGCUAACUUUACAAAAUUACGCCGUACCAAAAAGGGAGGAGGCGUCUUGUUAAACAUCAGAUUGUAUUUUUGAUGAUGAAUGAUACUAGACAGCUUGUAGUUUGUAAUUUGAAGGAAAAAAAUAACCAGAUGGCACAGUAUUUUACAGAAACGAUGAAUAAUAGUGCUGCAGUUUCACAUGUUCUCAGGAGGAAGAAGAGAGCUGCUGCUGGUCAAUCAGGAGCUCUAAUUUCCUACAUGAGAUUUUUCUAUCAGGACUAUAGUGCAAAAACAUCUAAAUACUGGUCUUCAGUGUCAAAAGCAAACCAGCAUUUUACACAGUAAUAAUAGGACUGUUGUUUGAAUAUUGCAUAAGCCACAAAGUCAGUUUCUUUUAUUGUCUGCAUGAGAAAAUCUUUAUGACUUAAUGGCUCUGAAUUCUAGCUGUGUGAUGGCUGAUCAUCUACCUUAUGUUUAUCUAAGAUAACAGUAAUAACGCACAGGAUUAAUAUUAGAACAGAUCCUUCUUAUCAGUUACUGCAGCUUUCACUCUUAGGAUGCGGGGGAAAUUACAUUUCAUGGAUACCAAAGAGCAAAUUUGCAAAAAAUGUUGGACUUUUUUAUUUGUUAUUUAAAGCACUAGUGAAAAGUGUUUAUAACAGGGAUUAAAAAAUGUUUUAUAUUGUUUUCUCUUGAAUUGACUUUCGGAGAAUUACUUGAAUAAUAAUCAUGACUCACAUCAAGCCUAACCAGUAGAACCUGCUUUCGCAUCCAAGCAUACAAUGAUACCAGUGAGCAGGUGGCCAUUCCCUCUUUGUGCAGCAUGCAGGUGGUAGUUUCACACGAAGGUGGAGUUCAUCCAGGCACGCCACUUGUUUUUGAACAUCACAAGAGAAAACAGUGACGUGUCUUUGAAAUGAACCAUGAGCCCCACGUCACACUCUUACUGUGUUACCUUUCAACUGAAUUUUGACGAUCAGUCACAGAGCUCAGGUGUGAUGAACUUUGCAUUUUAAUUGCCUGGAGUGGACAGUAUUUCACAAAGCCGGAUUAUAAGUUUAGCCCCCUAUUCUUUAACUGUUCCAUCUUGGUUGCUCCAACAGAAUACUAAACUUAUAUACUAUGUUAUAUGACAAGAAUUUUGCAUGCUAAUGAUUGAUUACAUUUGAGAUAUUGUUAUCUGGAUAACUUCCCAAUCCUGCUUUAUGAAAUAUCUCCUGGUGCUCAGAGACCAUUAUAGCAGUGUGUUCGUCUCUAUGAAAUUUCAUGCUGCACACUGGAGUUGCUUAAUUGGAUUGGCAUUCUUGGCAUUAAAUUAGAACACGAUGCCGGUGCCUGGAAUAGCACUUUAUCAGGCCAUCGAAACUUGAUAACCACACAAUUUAUUAUUCAGCUAUCAUGUAAGUAUUCAAUUCCUGUAACAAAAGUUGCACAAAGCAGUAGUACCCAAAAUCAUGCUGUUGUUCAGAAACUGGAAUGUGGAAAAUGUUUUUUUUGUUUGUUUGUUUUUUGGCACAUAAUGAGGCUCAUCAGGAAUAAAAAUGUUCCAAAGGUCUUACAAAUGGUAUGUUUCAUAUUUUGCACAAUAUAAUGUGCAUUUUGGCAUUUCAACACUGUUUUAACUCUUUCUUGUCCCGUAAGUUGCAGGUAUGCAGACGCUAUGAUUUUUUUUUUUCUUUACUCUUGUUUGCCAAAGUUACUGGCUUAUCAUUUAUGUGACUCUGUGAUCUGCCAUGUGACCAGGAUGAGGAAGUCAAUAAAAAAAAAAAAAAAAAA